AUUACCGUUUCCGUUUUCACGCCGCUUUCAGGGCUGGGUCCCUGACAGCUGAUGUGAUUUCUAAAUACACUUGCAUUUAUACUAAAACAAAUGCACGUAAAUGCGUUAAAGCAAAACAUUUUAACAUUUCUCUUAGUUUAUCGGAUAACUAAGAACUAAUCAUGACUGCGAUCAAGCACGCCCUUCAGAGGGAUAUUUUUACCCCCAAUGAUGAGCGUCUGUUGAGUAUCGUCAAUGUCUGCAAGGCAGGAAAAAAGAAAAAGAACUGUUUCCUCUGUGCCACAGUUACCACGGAGCGGCCGGUGCAGGUGAAGGUGGUGAAAGUGAAGAAGUCGGAUAAAGGAGACUUCUAUAAGAGACAGAUGGCAUGGGAGCUCAGGGACCUGAUGGAGGUCGAUGCCAAAGAUGCCAAUAAGGACAACCCAGAGUUUGAUCUUCAUUUUGAGAAGGUUUAUCGCUGGGUUGCGAGCAGCACAGCUGAGAAGAACUCAUUCAUCUCCUGUAUCUGGAAGCUGAACCAGCGCUACCUCAGAAAAAAACUGGAGUUUGCAAACGUCAGUCCUCAGCUGCUAGAAGAACUUCCUAAAGCUGAAGAGUCAGUCCCGAGCGGAGAGAGUCAGAGUGUUGCCGGGGGAGACGAGGAUGCUCUGGAUGAUUACCAGGAGCUGAACACUCGUGAGGAGCAGGACAUUGAGAGCAUGAUGGAGGUGUGCGAGUAUGCCAUCUCCAACGCAGAGGGCUUUGCUGAGAAACUGUCCCGUGAGCUACAGGUCCUAGAUGGGGCUAACAUCCAGUCCAUCAUGGCUUCCGAGAAGCAGGUGAACAUCCUGAUGCAGUUGUUGGAUAAGGCGCUUUCUGAGGUGGACAAUAUUGAAGGCAAACUGCUCAGUUAUGAAGAGAUGCUGCAGAGCGUCAAGGAGCAGAUGGACCAGAUUUCUCAAAGCAACCGCCUAAUCCAGAUCAGCAACACCAACAACGACAAACUCCUGGAUGAGAUCCAGUUUCUUGUGAACUACAUGGACCUCUCUAAGGGGCACAUCAAGGCUUUGCAGGAAGGAGAUUUGUCGUCUCCUAAGGGUAUCGAGGCCUGCAUCAACGCUUCGGAGGCUCUGUCACAGUGCAUGAAUGUGGCCCUCAAACCAGGUCAUGAAAAGUUGCUGGCAGUCAAACAGCAGCAGCGUCUGUUUUCUGAGCUCAAAGAUACUUUUGCACGCCGUCUCACCAACCACCUGAACAAUGUUUUUGUGUACCAGGGUCAUGAUCAGAGCAAUACACUAGCACAACACACAGCUGACCUGACUUUACCCAAACACAGCCCACUGCACAGAGAUCUUCUCCGAUACGCCAAACUGAUGGAAUGGCUGAAGAACACACAGAGAGAUAAAUAUGAAGGGCUCUCCAGGACUUAUGUAGAUUACAUGACCCGACUGUAUGAGCGGGAAAUCAAGGACUUCUUUGAAGUGGCAAAGAUCAAAAUGGCAGGCACUAGUAAGGACGGGAAAGGAAAGUUUGCCACGCUUCCGCGGAAAGAGAGUGCUCUCAAACAAGAAACAGAGAGCCUGCAUGGGAGCUCAGGGAAGCUUACAGGCUCCACGUCCAGUCUAAAUAAACUGGCUGUGACCAGCUCCAACAGCAAACGCUCUCAGUCCUCCUCUCUGCUCGAUAUGGGCAACAUGUCUGCGUCUGAUCUAGAUGUUGCAGACAGGACCAGGUUUGACAAGAUCUUUGAGCAGGUUUUGAGCGAGUUGGAACCACUGUGUCUGGCUGAACAAGACUUCAUCAGCAAGUUCUUUAAGCUGCAACAACAUUCGACACCAGCACAAGGAGAGAAUGUGGAUGACGCAGAUGGAAUCGUGCACUCCAGACCACCCAGCGAACACAGAAUAUCUAUCUCUGAGAAGGACACGGUUCGACUGAUGAUGAAUAAGAUUUUUCAGAGCAUAGAAAUGGAGCUGAACAGUCUGAUAGCUUUAGGUGAUAAGGUAGACAGUUUCAACUCUCUCUAUAUGCUGGUAAAAAUAAGUCACCACGUCUUGACGGCCGAAAACGUCGAUCCUGCUUCUUAUCUCAGUACUACGCUUGGCAAUGUGCUGGUUACCGUAAAGAGAAACUUCGAUAAGUGCAUUUCCGGUCAGAUUCGUCAGAUGGAGGAGGUAAAGAUUUCCAAGAAGAGCAAGGUGGGCAUCUUGCAGUUUGUCACUGGCUUUGAGGAGUUUGCAAAGCUGGCUGAGGCUAUUUUCCGAAACGCAGAGCGACGAGGCGACCUGGACAAGGCCUACAUUAAACUUAUGAGAGCUGUUUUUAAUAACGUGGAGAAAGUGGCCAAUGAGAGUCAGAAGACUCCACGUGAUGUGGUGAUGAUGGAGAACUUCCACCAUAUUUUCUCGACACUGUCCAGCCUCAAGAUCUCCUGCCUGGAGACGGAGAGAAAAGAUGCCAAACAGAAAUACACAGAACACCUGCAGUCUUACGUCAUCAACUCGCUGGGCCAGCCGCUGGAGAAACUCAAUCACUUCUUCGAGGGAGUUGAGGCUCGUGUAGCUCAGGGUGUACGUGAGGAGGAGGUGAGCUACCAGCUGGCCUUCAAUAAACAGGAACUUCGAAAAGUCAUUAAAGAAUAUCCUGGCAAAGAGGUGAAAAAGGGCCUGGACAACCUUUACAAGAAAGUGGAUAAGCACCUGUGUGAUGAAGAGAGUCUGUUACAGGUGGUGUGGCACUCCAUGCAGGACGAGUUCAUUCGGCAAUACAAGCACUUUGAGGGCCUGAUAAACCGCUGCUACCCCGGAUCUGGAAUUACCAUGGAGUUCACCAUUCAAGAUAUGCUGGAGUAUUUCUCCAGUAUCGCUCAGUCCCAUUAAAGUUCAAGUGUGAUAGUGAGAUGAUGGUGAGCGAGUGAGAGAUUGAGUGAGUAAGUGAAAGAGAGAGAGAGGAUGAAUAUUGAUGUACCACAGCAUAUAUUUCUAUAUAUUACAAUGCAUUUAGAUUUUUGCAAGUAAUCUUUUAUCCAUUCAAGUGAACUAAACAUAGUAACAGUACUCAUCAUCCUGUUUUAAAACUUGUCCAGUGAGUUCCUGUUCUUGUUAUCGCAACAUUUCUUUAUAUCACGUUAUGCUACGGAAUUAAAUGACUGAACACUACACAUGUACUUAAUGUUUUCCUGGUUCAUCUUCCAUGAAACUGUAUGAUGAUCCACAAAUUACAAUAAAUUACAAUCCUGUCUGGGGUCACAAA